GUUCAUUCAUCUGUCCGUUCGUUUGCGUUCGCGCACGUGCGAAAUUACUUGAGCUCGUUCGACCAUAAUUCGUUAGGUGUCAACACGCUGAGCAAGCGAUCUCGAGCGUGGCUUUACGAAUUCACGUUAAUUUCCACGAGGCUGGCAAGACGCGUUCCGAUGGAAGUUCCAAAGAGCUGUAAGUAGAAGCAGGCGGUUAGAGCCAGGUGAAGGAGUGCGCGACAUACGCGUCGCUACCGCUGUGAAUCUACUAUCUUGUCUCCAGUAACGCAAGGUCGCAGAUUCUGAUAAUGGCGGACGAGGUAUUCACGUUAAUCUUUUUUGUGUUGUAUUGCUGGAGCAACGAAAGUUACGCGUCCAGAGUGAAAAGACAGGGAUUGCUUCCGCCGCCGAUCGUCUAUCCGUUCGGAGGAACGUUUAAGCUCGUCGUGGGAUUUGCGGUGCCGGUAGAGCUCUCAGGCAGGAUUCUGGUUUACGGGCAAAACUUUCAGUUCCAAUACGCCCUGCCGCCGAACGCGACGUUCUUCACGGAGUUCUUCGAGGGCGCGUCGUCGUCACGGCGACGUCGUGCGAGUGUUAGCCGGGACGAAAGGAUGACUGUCUACGGGCUUUUAGAGGAAGAGUUUAAGAGGAGAGGAAUAGACGGAAAAGAGUGUGUGAAAAAGACAAUUUGCGAAGCAGCAUUGGCGCCUUUGGAGGACGAAGGGCUCGUGGGAGAAUUGUUGCAUCUUUUUUUCACACCUCAAGAAGCAGCGAAUUCGUCUGUAGAUUCCGAAUAUUUAGAGGCACUCGAGUUCGGACGAAGUAAUCGUGACUGCUCGCGGAUCUACCGAUCGUGCUUGCCAGGUCAGGGGAUUCUGGAUCAAAUAUCAAGUGUAAUAUCGUAAAGGAUUAGAACGUUGAGCGGAACGAGAGUUAAUCUUGUCGAUCGUUUCUUUCGAGAGAAUAAAAACUUAAUUGUAAGUUCAACAUCUGCCGAUUGAUUUGCGAUAAAUAGGAAACGACGAUUCGUCGAUCGAUCGCGCAUUAUCGAGCUGGUAAGCGACCGAAGACGAAGUUGCUGUCGGAUGGAAUUGAGACGCGAACAAAAAAGAAGAUUCGACGAGAGAGCAGAACGCGCGAUCGAUUCGCGCGGUGCCGGUAAAACCAGCACAGGAAAACUGUCGCGUUUAGUUACGCCCGAGUUAAAUUAAGCAAGCGGUGUAUCUCGCGGAUUUAACGUUAACCGCACUUUCACUAAUUGGCACGGGUCGGUGGAAGCUGAUAAAGAGGAUAGUCGAAGCGGGAGCGAUUCAAGGCAGACUUGGAAGUGCUAUUUUCGUUGACGAUAGUUCCAGCUGCCUACGUAGGUGCGAUUAUAUCGAAUCGAUCGGCAGCCAGCGUCGCGAAUGCACAAUGUGACGUAUUUAAAAUAAUCGCAUACCCGUGAAGUAUACAAUAAUCACGAAAAGUAGAGGUUCAUGAAGUAUAGGAUCCACGCAUGAGUCAGUUCAGGAUAGGAUCCAUGCAUAAGUCAGUUCAGAUAAGAUCCAUCCAUGCAAGAAAGAUAAGGAAAAGUAUAAGAGCACGUUUGCUGUUUGAUGAGUGUUAGGGGAAAAGAUCGAAUAAUUAUGGUUGCAAAUCUUUUCUCAUUAUUUGUCAUUUUAACAAACAUAUAAUUCCAAAAUACAAGAUAUAUUUGGUCUCGUCUAUUUAGAUUAGUUUAGGUUUAGGUUAAGGUUAUGGUUGAGUUAAAUUACGUUAAUUGUAUCUUCAUUCCAAAAAAAGAGAAAUUUAGGACAGCGAAUUAAAAAUAAUUAAUCAUUUGUUCCCACCAUAUAGAUUAUUUGCUACCUCAUAUGAACAAACCAUCUAUUGCGAGUACUAGUAUUUUGUUAAAUUGGUAAAACUUUUUCUUUUAAUGUCAUAUAGAUAAAUAAAGAAGUCUGUUAGUCGGUCUGUGACUGUUAUGUUAAAAAGUUGAUGGUUAAUAUAUCACAAAGAAGCUCGACAAAUCUGUGAAAAUGUUUAUAAAUAUAAUUUAUGAUGCAUGUAGAGCUUUGACGUUACGCAAGAGAAUAUCAAUCAAACUUACGAUGUCUAAAAGCCAUUAAGAUAAUCGCUUGUCGCACUUUAAUAUACAAUAUUUUUGACUAGGACUGAUCGUGUUGUGAAUAAAUGUAUAAAUGCAUCAUGUGUAUUUAUAAACACUAAUACAGUUACUAGAGUGAUGAUCAUGACAACGUCAUAUUCUUUUAUACGUGUGAACACUGUAUUGAAUAUAAAUCUUUAAAGUUCUUUAACUAUUCCCAAAGCAAACAAAGAAUAAGGCAAAUAAGAGUCAACUGCCAAUUUUAAAGGCGAA